AUGGAUCCCCAGAUAGAGGAGCAGGAGCAGACCAGGAUGGGCGAGAGCAGCGGCAGCCGGGCGGGACCGACGCGCCAGCAGCUGCGCCUCCCUCCCCCACCCCCUCCGGGGAGAGCAGGCGGCCUCCUCCGUCGGGCGCUGCGGCGUCACCCCCGCCGCCUGCCGCCGCCCGAAGCGGGGCCUGCUCCCGACCCCCCCCGCAGGACCGCGGCCACCUCGGAGCCGCUCACCGGGCACAGCGCGGCUCGACCCCCGUCUCCUGCCCGGCUGCGGAGCGGCGCCGCCCGCGGCUGGGUCCCACCUCGCCUGGCGGGCGCCGGGCGAGGAGACCCGGGGCCGUUCGGCCAGCGCCGCGCCCCACUCCCCGACCGGAUCCCGCCGCCCCGCUUCCCCGCCCCGAUCCCGCCGCUCCGGUCCCCGCCGCCCCGCUCGGAUCCCGCCCCGGUCCCCGCUUCCCCGCCCGGAUCCCGCCGCUCCCGUCCCCGCCGCCCCGCUUCCCCGCCCGGAUCCCGCCCCGGUCCCCGCUUUCCCGACCGGAUCCCCCCGCUCCGGUCCCCGCCGCCCCGCUUCCCCGACCGGAUCCCGCCCCGGUCCCCGCUUUCCCGACCGGAUCCCCCCGGUCCGGUCCCCGUCGCCCCGCUUCCCCGACCGAAUCCCGCGCCUCCGCUUCCCCGACCGGAUCCCGUCCCGGUCCCCGCUUUCCCGACCGGAUUCCGGUCCCCCGCGCCCCGCUUUCCCGACCGGAUCCAGCCGCUCCGGUCUCCGCCGCCCCGCUCGGACUCCGGUCCCCGCUUCCCCGACCGCUCCGGUCCCCCUCCCCGACCGGAUCCCGCCGCCCCGUUCCCCCCCCCAGGACACCGGAGGCUCGGGCCCUCCCGGGGCGCCUCGGCUCCAGCCCCCGCCACCCUUCCCCGGCCGCCGCCUGGGCUCGCUCGGGGCCCCGCGCCGCUCUCCCCGCCCGCCUGGUUACCGGGCUCCCCACGCGGCGGGCUCCGGCAGACAAUGGCUGACUCCGCCCGCCGGCUCCGCGGCUCGCCCCGCUCCGGCCCCGAGCGCGCCGCCGAAGCCGCCACGGACCCACCUCCCGAGGCUCCAGGGCAGGGGGGGCGGGGGAAGGACUCGCCGGAGCCGCUGCAGCCGCAGCCUCGCCGGAGCCGCUGGGGGCAGGGGAGGAGGAGGCGGGGAGCGCCGCCACCGCGCUGGAUGCCCGGCUGGGGGCGUCCGGGCAGCUGCGCGUCCUUCCCCGCACCGACCCCCGGGGAGCGUCUCUCCUCCGCCCAGCCCACCCGCCGGCGUGCGCCGGGGCCCAGAACCACCCACCCCAGCGGGGGGCUGGAGCCCCGCGCCCGGCCGGCAGGGAGGGGAACCAGCCUGGGCACGCACCGCCCGCCGCAUGGCGACCUCCCCAGCCCCGGCGCGGAACUAACCGCCUCGGGGACGGGAAAAAACAACCGCCCAGCCCUGGGAGCCUGGCCCCGAAAUCCAACCGCCCAGCCCUGGGAGCCUGGCCCCGAAAUCCAACCGCCCAGCCCUGGGAGCCUGGCCCCGAAAUCCAACCGCCCAGCCCUGGGAGCCUGGCCCCGAAAUCCAGCCGCCCCCCGAGCGAGGCCGCCCUCCAACCCCACGUGCGGUCCCCCCCUUGCACGCGGAGCGGCACCGCCGGGCUGCAGCGCGCACGAGGCGGCGGCGCCGGCUUCCCCCUCCCCUACCGCCGCGGCUGCUGCUCCUCCAGGGGGGUCCGGUUCUGCAGCAGCCCGGAGCGGUAGGAACGCGGUUUCCACCCCGCUUUGUAAGCGCCGAUGCCCGGGCCAGCCCAGGCUCAUGGAGCCGCCGCUUCCUGCAUGGCGAUCCCCGGGCCUCUCCCUGCUUGGGAGCGCGUGGAAAAUCCGCCUCGAUCUGCCUAUGCAGCCACCACCAAAAUCUCCCCGCUAG